CUCCAUCUCUUGGUAGAAUAUCUUUGCUAUCUCUCUCUGCUCUUUAUUUUUACUCAUAAAUACCUUAAACUGCUUAGGCGCGUUAGCAUACGAAUUUGCUUAUUUACAUAGCUUAUAUCCUUUUUUCCUUUUCUGCAAAGUUCUUCAAUUGGGGAAGUUCAAUUGGUGGUCCAAAACAAUGUCUUUUCCUCGACAAAAAAAACAAAGAAAGUGUAAAAGUUGUGGUUGCAAUGAUUUCAUUCGUGACACAACUUCUCCAUCGUCUGAUUUAUCUUGCAAAAAUUGUGGGUUGGUUUUAGAAGAAAAUCCAAUUGUAUCUGAAGUCACCUUUGGCGAAAGCUCUAAUGGUGCUGCCACAGUUCAUGGCUCGUUUAUAUCUUUGGAUUCUUCCGGCAGACAUGGUGGAUUUGGUGCUAGAUCGAUGUCAGCCUUGGAAAGUAGAGAACUAACUUUAGCAACUGCAAAACGAAGAAUAAAGGCUCUAGCGUUAUCCUUGAAGGUCCCGGAUUAUGUUUCUGAUGCUGCUUAUCAAUGGUUCAAGUUGGCUUUAACUAAUAAUUUUGUCAAAGGUCGAAGAUCUCAAAACGUUAUUGCUGCUUGUUUAUACGUUGCAUGUCGAAAGGAAAAGACUCGUCAUAUGUUGAUUGAUUUCAGUUCCAAAUUACAGAUUAGUGUUUUUAAAGUUGGUACGACUUUUCUUAAACUAGUGAAAGCAUUGCAUAUAACCUCAUUACCAUUGGCAGAUCCUUCGAUUUUUAUUCAACAUUUUGCUGAUCAGUUAGAUUUUGGUGACAAAACUUUGAAAGUAGUCAAAGACGCUGUCAAGAUUGCUUCAAGAAUGUCUAAAGAUUGGAUCCAUGAAGGAAGAAGACCGGCUGGUAUUGCUGGUGCGUGCGUAUUAUUAGCUGCGAGAAUGAAUAAUUUCCGAAGAACUCAUACAGAAAUUGUGGCAAUCUGCCACGUUGGUGAAGACACCAUUCAAAGAAGAUUAGCUGAAUUCAAAAAGACUAAUGCAAGCAAAUUAUCUAUUAGUGACUUUAGAAAAAAACACAAAGAAAUCGAAGGUUCAUCCGAUCCUCCUAGUUUUCAAAAAAAUAGAAAAUUAGAGAAAAAAUUAAAAAGCUCUCCAGCAUUAAAAGAAGAUGAACUUAGAUCAGACACUUUGUUGGGAAUGGUCCUAAAUGAUUCAGCUAUAACCGAAAAUGAAAUCAAUUCUCAAAUCCAAAGAAUAAUAAAACAAUCACAGCAAAAGUUAAAUGAAACUUCAACUAGCGCUAAUGACUCUGAAGAAAUAAAUGACAACAACAGUGAUGAUGACAGCGAUAACUUCAACUACUCUACAAAAGCAAGAACAAUCAAACUUGAUUACAAUAUAUUGCCUAAAACCGAAGAUAUCUUGAAAAAAGUGUCGUCAAAAGUGGAUACUUUUUCUGACAUUGAUGACGAUGAAUUGGACGAUUUCAUAUUGGACGAAGAUGAUUCCAAGAAAAAGGAAGAAAUCUGGGUAAAUAUCAACCAAGAAUAUCUCAUUGACGAACAAAAAAAGAAAUUAAAGAGAGAAUCAGAUGAAAUUUCUGGUCAUGGUCAGCCAAAGAAAAGAGUCAAGAGAAAAUCUGGGGCUUCAAAAUUCGAAAAUGAGUUUAGCAAAAAAGAAAACGCAGACAGUGCAUCUGCUGCUAAAAGUAUUUUGCAAACGAAAACUCUUAGUAAAAAAAUUAAUUAUAAUGUGAUUGAUAAUUUGUUUGCCAAAUAAUUGAUGUUUUUAUUCAAAUUUUUUUUUUCCUGAACAAUAAUUGAGAAUGAACGCUAUAUUGUUUUGUUUACUACGUUCAUUGUUAUAAUUACUCUAAUUUACUACUUUUAUUGAGUGGUGGACUGUUUGCCUGUUCUAUUCUGUAUAGUUUUAGCUAAGAAAUAAUAAAAAAGGAAAUGCCUUCAGCCAGAUUCGAACUGACGAUCUCCUCAUUACUAGUGAGGUGCCUUAC